GGCAGAGAGCUGAGCGGGCGAAACUCGAGAACUCAAGGCGAAAGAACGCCAGCGCGCCAGGUGUUACGUGAGGGAAGAGGGUAUCUCCGCGACGCUACGUCACGCUCGCUCUCGGAAGCCUGCGUUAUGUGCGUGUUCCUCGUGUUCCUUGCGCGAGCUCUCGCCUGCACUCUGCACCUCGGUAAUUUCAAAUCAAAACGCGCCAAGCGUCUCUACGCGUUCGUUUGCCCGCGAGGAGUUCAUGUACCGUUCGGCGGCGUUCAAUUGUACAUUGAUGCUUUCACAUUGACAACUCGUAAAUGCUUAGGUGUCCUUGAUUUAUUUUUCUUUUUGCAGUUACUUUAUAGUGACCUAUCGAAAAAGUUAAGUAGCGGAUAUUCCUAUUUAGCUACCUGCACAUUGCGAUUUAUCAUCAAAGUAAUUACCUCUGCCGGUAAUUCGCUUGAACAGGCCGAAUUGCGCCAUAUUCGUCAGGUGUUGUGCUCGUCCCUGGUCCACAUUCCCUCUUUCAUCUUAUUUUCACUGCAGGGUAGAAAACCCGGUAUUCUCGUCUGUUUAAUCUCCGAGCCUUUCCAAUUUCUCUCUCUAUCUCUCUCUCGUUGUUGAAACGAAAAACUAAGUACUCACAGUAUAGACCAAAUCAAGAUGUUUUUUUUUUUUUCUGCUGCAGACUCGGAUCAAAGGAUUUCCACGCGCCGGGUGUUUCUGCUUUGGUUCCCUUUCAGGCGUUCCUUCUUUCCCGCGAUCAAAGCGUGGCUCGUUGCGAGGUGUGGAGGAGUGGCGUUCCUGCUCCUCAUGCUCUUGGUGGCGGCCGCCCCCUUGGUGGAAGUGUUCCUCCAGGCGCGGUUCGAGCAACCGUCAGCCGCCGCGCCGCGCCAGCAGGCCCCGAGCGGAGCCAGCCGGGAUGCGACCGCGAAAACCACGACGACGACGACGACCACGGCCGGCACUCACGCCGGCCCCUUGGAGAUCGGCCGCAACGUUCUUGGUCCCGCUUACACAUCUUACGACCACGCCGGUUUAGCUGCUCCGCGAACGCUUUGCCAGGAGGAGCCGGAACAUCUCAUAGGCCUGGUCCCCGUCGCGACAGUGGUGCCCGAGUUGAAACUGCUGGAGCCCGCUUUCCUCCACGUCAAGCCAGGAGGCCGCUGGUGGCCGAGUCAUUGCUUGGCGCGCCACCGCGUAGCCGUCAUAGUGCCUUACCGGGACCGGCUUAGGAACCUGCGCGUCUUUCUGCACCACAUGCACCAGUUCCUGCGCAAACAGGAGCUCGACUACGGCAUCUACAUUAUCGAACAGAGUGGCGACGGGGACUUCAACCGAGCCAAACUGCUCAACGUCGGCUACGAGGUGUCCAAGACGAUGCACGACUACAACUGCUUCAUCUUCCACGACGUGGACCUGAUACCAGAGAACGACCGGAGCAUCUACGCGUGCCAGGAGAACCCAUACCAUAUUUCCCGCUGUCUGGACAUCUACGAAUACAAGCCGUCCUACCCCACCAUAUUCGGUGGUGUGAGCGCGUUGAGGCAGGAGCACAUGGAGAAGGUCAACGGCUUCUCCAACGUAUUCUGGGGUUGGGGAGGAGAGGACGACGACAUGUCGGUGAGGGUGCGCUACAGCGGCUACAAGCUUGUGCACGCCAACUGCAGCAUCGGCCGCUACAUCGCCAUGAAGCACGAAAAUCAAAAGCAGAGCGAGUCAAGGUAUCUGCCGCUGAUCUUAAAGUCAGCAGCUAAUUUAGGCGGAGCAAGGAGCACAGCGUUCCGCGUGCUCGGCGUCGGCGUGAUCCAGCUGCUGAUCGGGUGCGUCGGUGCAGCCCCGGCCGUCGGCCGUGCUGUCGCGUUCGGCCACGCGGUCACUGCACGACAGAGCCACAACGUCGUCGAGCCCUCCGUUGGCCAGCGGCACGCGACACUUGCCCGCAAGGAGCAGGCCGCACCUCGUUCCGAGUUCUGUUCGGUGGACUGGGGACAAGGCAGCGACAUACUGAAGAUCCAGAGGAAGGGCCCACCGCUCGAGGAACUGGAGAAAGCGAUGCCGCAUCUGAAGCCCGGCGGCCGCUGGUUCCCGACCCACUGCAAGGCCAGGCAGCGUGUGGCUCUCGUGGUGCCUUACCGGGACAGGCUGGACAACCUGCGAGCCUUCCUGCAGCACAUGCACCCGUUCCUGCAGAGACAGCAGCUCGACUACGCCAUCUACCUUGUGGAGCAGAACGGCACGGGAGACUUCAACCGCGCAAAGCUGCUCAACGUGGGCUACGAGAUAGCCAAGGCGAUGGACGACUACGAUUGCUUCAUCUUCCAUGACGUCGACCUGCUGCCGGAGAACAAGCGCAACGAGUACGCCUGCAAGGACGGAGGCCCGCUCCACAUGACCACCUGCCUCGACUACCAGAAAUACAAGCCGUUCUACGCGACCAUCUUUGGAGGCGUGUGUGCCCUGCGCAGCGACCACAUGGAGAAGGUCAACGGCUUCUCAAACGUGUUCUGGGGAUGGGGCGGCGAGGACGACGACAUGUCCAUCCGGCUGCGGUUUAGCGGCUUCAAUAUAGUGCGUAAUGACUGCACUGUCGGCCGGUACACUUCCCUCAAACACGUCGACGUGCGCCGAAAUCCCGAACGGUUCCGGCUCCUGAGGCGCAGCUUCUUCCGCAUUUUCAAGGACGGCCUCAACACACUUCAGUACAGUGUGCUCGACAUUGUCUUCAAGAAGCUUUACACGCACGUCAUCGUGGACCUCUCUGCGCACACGGCGUCCGAGCCAGAAAAAGAAACAAGGAAAGAAAGCAAGCACACGUGACCAACGCUAUACGAAGAACGAGCGCGUGCGAGCGAGGAUCUUGCAGUGUUUUGUCGACGUUUGUUUCGUGUCCCCCCCCCCCCCCUUCCCUUCUACUUUUGCGUGUGCGGUGAUACCCCUUUUAUCAAGCAUGUAUGAUGGCAUACACAGAAACGUUUGCGAUAUAAUUUAUUGUGCAAUCUUCAAUACAGUCGUAUUAAGAGAACAAACGUGCGUUUUGUGAAUUGUUCAGCGCGUUGGAACAGCUUUGGGUGCACUGGCACAAUACACUGUGGUAACUGUAAAAUUUUUU